AUGUUCGAUGCCCAACCUGAUGGUCUCUCGUCCCCCCUGGCGUUUGUGAGCAACCUCUUUCCCGCUGCUCUCAAGACAACCCGACCAUGUGAACCUGCGGCUCCUUUCAGUGCUGACGCGACUGCCGGCAUGUCUCUCUCCCCCGACUCGACUUCGAGUCGCACCACAGGUGAGUCUGGAGACUCGGACCGUUUGAGCUGGCGAUUCGUUCCAACCCCCGUUUAUUCCGAGGAUGGACAUUCCACUGUUGAGGAGCCCGUCCCCGUCCCAGUGGAAGAGCGCCCCAAGGUUUCUUUCGAGGAGUUAGCCAGCCGAUACCGUCAGAACCAACACAAGCAGGCGCGCAGGAAGAAAUUGGAACAACGCCUCCAUGCGACCAAGGUUUCUAUGGGAGUUUCGGCGCGUCUGGUCCGUAUCGGUGCUGCUGUCCAGCGAGGUCUGGUCGACAGGCUCAAGCAUGACGACAAGGCCAAUUUCAUCGCUCUCCACCAUACCAUGAUUGAUCUUCAGGAACCAUGUACUUUAGUUGCCCGGCGCCAUACACACCAAUCUGAUUCUUGGGAAGAAUGGCCCAGCACCCGCGGGUCUGCCCUAGAUCACUCUCCGGACUUCUUCCUCCAGCUUAGCCCACAGUCCAGGGCCGAUCUUCUUGAGAUUUUGCAAUCCGUUCGGACUGAUUCCCAGUUCGUUUUUGAACGUCUAUGCAGCUUGACUCCAGCUCAGCUGUCAGAUUUGUUAUCCUCAUCUGUCUCCUCCUGGGAGACCGGUGGUGAUUCCGCGUUCCCUUCCACGUCCCGUUCCAGGAUCUCUUCUUUAAAUUCGAAAGCAGGCGUUGCAUCUACUAUUCCUUUCAAGGACCGCGUUUUGGCUUUCGAAAGGACCGACCCCCUGUCUACUUUGCUGUUUAAUGUUUAUGCAGCUCCUCUGGAUUCCGAUGCCCCGGAGGCUCAGCUGCGCUUGGAUAUGUGGUCUUCUGUCUGCGCAAAACUCAUUGCAGACGGCGCCAGUAGGUCAUAUGCUCUUGUCGACCAUAUCUUGACUCUGUGGGCUACAGGCAGUGGAUGGACGGCCAAACCCAAGUUUGAGCUCUACCUAAUGGACAUCCUCCAGACCGGUGCGUUCCUCCUGGAGCAUACAGAGGCCCCUCCCGGCUAUGAUCUGGAAUCUAUGGAUCCGUUAAGGACGGAUGUUGCCGAGGAAUUCUUUGCGUCCACGGUGGAUUCGUUGCUUGAGCUUUUGGAUGAUCCAGAUGCAGGAUUACCCCAGACAGUUUUACAACUGAGCAAGGCCGUUCUGCAGAAACUUGACCGCCAGGAUUGCCGCGAUCGCUUUUUGGAUUUCUUAUUUGUGCAGUGGUUCUUCUCCAAGUUUCUCUAUCGAGCUUUGACAUAUCCAGAGGGCCACGGUCUCUUGCUCGACUUCCAUAUUAGGAAAGAAGCGCGAGACAAAUUGCUCGGCCAGGUUGGAUAUCAAGCUUAUUCGCAAACCCUCGCUGUUCUCCGUUCUAUGCACCAUUAUUCCAUGGCUCGCCCUAAGGUUCGCCAACAUGUUGAGAACAUGCUUGACCGAUUUACCUGCGCGUCCGUCAAAAUGGAGACCCCCCAACCAUUGUCGCCCACAGGCCCUUCUUACGGACUGGACUCUCCUACGAUUUUUUUGAUGCUUUCUGCUGCUGAUGUUCUCACUGUGUUGAAUGCCCUUUUCCCCAGCGCUCCUUCCCCUGUGUACAACUCCCAGUCGCCCGCCUCAGGCAUUUCCCUCUCACCACUUGGGUCGCAUCCAGAUAAGACCGUGACUUCCACCUUCGAACCAGGGUUCUAUCGACCGUCUGUGCCCUUUUCCUCCAGGCUGGCCUCACACGCCAAAAGUAUAUUCCCUACAGAUGUUCAUUUCUUCUCGCAGCCGAAAAACACACCGAGCUCCAAAGCUGACAGGAUUCGCUUUGAGUUGUCGGAUUUGGGAGAGCAUGAUCUUCACACGCAUCUCGAGCCGCCUUCAGCCGAGGAGUGGACUAUAUUUACUCUCUCGCAGGAUGGCAUGCGACUCGUCUGGGGGUUAUUCCCGGAUAGUCAAGCACACUCUCCGGAGAGCCUACCCUCUGACGAGGUCAGCUUCUCCACACUGGGGAUGGAGGAUAAUUUUGAAGCUCUGCAGACGGCGAUAGUGAAGCUAAUCCACGAGAAUCCCGCGGGUGAACGUGUGGAGCACGGGUUACCCUUGUCCCAUGGCCUUCCCCACAGAGCUAGCCAGUCACUCAAGGAACGUUUCAAUCGCGCAAUGGCACACUGCCAUCAAACUUCCGACUUCAUUGGCGCGCACUACUGGUGGAAUGCUGCUCGACUGCUCCGCCGCACUGUCGCUAACUCUUCGACGCAACCCGUUGAUGACUCUUGGAUCCUGGAACCUAUGUACUCGACUUGUGUCCGCUCACUCCAAAUUUCUAGUUCCGUCAUCGAGCGCUGUGAUGCUGAUUUUGUCGCGCUGGACCGUCAUGUGCAAAAGCUCGAGAGAACAGUGAAAGAAAUGAUGAAGACCAUGGGCCGCCUUCGAAACAAGAUGUGGUAUAUGACCGAUGUGAGGAACUCCAGACGUUAUGAGGAGGCGAAGAAUGUCGCGCUCGCACUCAAGACAAUGCCCUAUGCGCACCUUCUAGCCCACAGUGAGCCUCGGUCUCGUGGUGGCCCUCGUGCUUUCGGCGGUGCUCUGCUCCAAAAACCCGAGCUCCAAGUCAUGAAUGUGAUGAAGGCUCCGAGCAACCAAGCGGGCCCAACUAAGCUCGCUGACGACCAGGUUGACCUGAUCCGCAAAUGGCUGACUCACAACAAUAUUGACAACUUCUGCAAAGGUGAAGAGCGUAUUCACCGGUUUUGCUAUGAAGUCGGCACAAGUAUCAACAGGUUGGUUGGUGAAACAAUGGCGGAGACGCCAGUCCUUUGGGCGAGUGAGCUGUUCCACAAAGAGCGGGCCAAGUACGAAGGUUCCAGCAACCGAAGCUUCCUCAGUCUCACUUCCAGCUUGCGGUCGUUUGGAAUGGCCGGUGAUGAUUCUCCUCAUUCUACGCCUUCUCUGGCUAGCUCUGGUCUUCGCCCGCAAGAACCGUCAAGGGUUCCGCAGGAGCCUCCCCGCUUGAACCUCAAGCCUUCGUUGGAAUCCGACCGAUGGAGAUCUCCGGCUGCCAAUACAGAGGCGUCUUCUGUCCUUGGCGACAGGCCACCGUCAACUACUACAGGAGACUCAUGCAGUACCUUCUGGUCGACACCACCGCCCCAUACUCAUUAUGCACCUAGCGCAUCCAGCCUCUACUCCCGGCCGCCGUCCAUGCUCAGUGAUACUGCUAUCCAGCAGCCGCGACGUGAGCGCAAACCACAUGGCAAAACAGCAUUUUUGGACGAUCUAAGACGGACACUAACCAGCCUAAUGCUGAGUGAUCUUGGCUCACCGGUCUGGAGCUGUGGCACCGAAACAGAUGCUUGGUUCGGCAACGUACUUGAACAGAAAAGGAUUCAGGCGCAAAUGAGGAAGCGAUCUCGUAUUCAGAAGUUCUUUGCCGAAUGCGAUGAGCGAGCAGUCCGUCAAUCUAUUCAUCGGGUUCCGUCUCAUCGAAGGAGCAAAUCCGUUGACCCACCCAACCGGGGUGAGUCUACUAAUGCUCCCUCUCCAGAAUCUGCCGAGGACGUUACCGCUAGGUUGGAUGACCCAGGUCCAUUCGGGUAUGGUACUGUUUUCCGUCGCCUUCUGGACGUGUUUUCCCGCCACGGGAAUCCGUUCGUCAAGCUAGACGCGCUUCGGGAUCUUCGCAACCUCGUCGUUGCAUCGUUGAGUACGGCCAAUGAUGAUGAAGGUCUAUCUCCUUCUAUCCUAGCUCCCACCUCACGCCAAAGACGUGCCUCUGUUAUCCGCAGAAAUCGAGAUGCAAGGAGUAGCUUCUCAGAGCUGAAUACUCGCCGUCGAUCAGAGAGAGAUCCUUUGCAUACCCCAACCUCCCCUCCGGCUGAGUCUGUAAUCUUCGGAUCGCGGCCAUCUGACUACGCCGCGCCCACCGAGAAACAGAUUGUCGAAGCGCUGCGAGAAAUAAUCCUCGACAUGAAGCCAAAGACCUUAUUCCGCGAUCUGCAGUUUAUCUCGGCUUUUGUUCCUAGUGACACUCUCAACAAAACGGAUAGCGGAACGGCAUUCCUGCAAUUUGGACUGGCUGCACUGAGCCUGAAGGAUGAGGUAUGUAACAGCAUGGUGGAGAUUGCGGACGAUAUCGUUUCUCAAGAACUCACCCGUCGGCAUCCCCCAAACAUGUACGAUAUGUAUCCUCGAGCAGGUGAUCGCAUGAAGGACGCUGCCAACAUGUGGAUACCCACAGCGAAGGAAGGUCAUCCCGUUGCACAGCGGGAACUUGCCAUUCUUUACCUCACGCACCCGGAGCUUGUUCCGCGCGUCACUUUUCCUCUUACUUUGCUGAGAGAUACUUUCAAGGCGGAGAUGAUGUACCGCCGAGACAAGGACUCCAAAUCGGAUCCCCAUACAAUGUGCCUAGCCCUGCACUGGAUGCAGUUGUCGGCUAAUGGGGGAGACGAGCUCGCGCGGAACCGGCUUCGAGAGCGAGAGGAGUUUGAGUCUAUUGCUUAA